AUGAUUAAUAAAAUUGGUACUUUGAAUAUAAAAAUUUAAUAUAAUACUUCGUUAAUUGAAUAUUAUUUUUAAUUUAUCUGUUUGCAAAUGUUUCACACUUAUUUAAUGCCAAAACUAGGAGGUAUCAUAUAUAAAAUAAUAUGAUAGACCCAAUGAAUUGUAUAAUUUAGGGUUAAAAUGGAAAAGGAGGAUUAUAUUUAGGUAAUAUUGAGAGUGCUGGUAAUGGGAAACUAUUAGGCCAUCAUGAUAUUGGUGCAAUAUUAGCUGUAAUGAGCACCAAGGAUUACACAUAUGAUGCACAUAUUGCUCAUAAGGUAUAAUAUUGUUUUGUAUAGAGUAGUUUAUUAGAAUUGAUGAUGCUGACUUUGUAAAUUUAAGUAAGUAUUUUGAGGAAGCUAUCGAUUUUAUAGAUAUAAAUCGAUAGCAAACAAAUGUAUUGGUACAUUGUCAUGCAGGAGUAUCAAGAUCUGCAACUAUUGUUAUUGCUUAUCUUAUGAAAACUUAAAAUAUGUCGUUGGAAUAAGCAUUUAAACAUGUUCAAAACUAACGACGCAUUGUCAAUCCCAAUCCUGGAUUCAUGAGACAACUUAAAUAAUAUGAAUCAAAAUUAUAGGGUUCUAAUUCUCUCAGAACUUCAACAGUGAAGUAGAAGGAGAGAUAACAUUCAUAAACAAAUCUUCGUUAAAGUUAAUAUAUUUAACAUCCUACUGAUAAUUACAACUCUCUCUAUUAAUAAUAUCAACCUCAUCGCCAAUAUCAAAGUGCUUCAGAUUUAAUGAGACAAUCUUAAUACAAUUACGAAAGACUUAACUCAAGGUAAUCAUUUAAAUGAUCAAUAUCAUUAGAUAAAUGCAUUAUCCCUAUAUGCCAUAACAUUAUGCACCAUAUGUUAGAAAUUAUAGUGUUCCCUAUGGAUAGAAUCCACUAAACUUUUCUACUUAUAGAUAGGGAUGUUAUUGAU